AUGACUAUUCAAUCUCUACUUCAUGCGUUGGGACCUGAGAUUGAAGAUCCAGAAGAAGAAGCGUUCCUGCUUUUCUCGCAGUCAAUUCCCUCCCAAAAUCUUGGUUUCGUUGAUUCAAAAGCCUCAAUUCUGGAACUUACAAUAGGGGAUCGGGACCUGACCAUUCACCAAUCACCAACGAUUUUAUCCUCUAAUCGAGGAGGUGGCACAACUGGCGCAGUUGUUUGGAAGAUCACGCCCUUAUUUGCAUCAUGGAUCACUACUUCCGCAAAUCCAUUUCUCAAACACGAUAUUCUUGACAGCAGCUCUGCUGUUCUUGAGUUGGGUUGCGGAAUAUCUGGGAUUAUUGGUUUAACGCUUGGCCCAUACGUGGUAUCUUAUGUCUUGACGGAUCAAGACUAUGUGUUGAAGCUUUUGAACCAGAACCUGGCUGAGAACUGUCGAGAUACGUCAACUUCAGCAAGCAAAGGCCGGAAAAGCAAUGCCAAGCCGAAGAGAGGCUCUACAUCGGUCAAUAUUGCCCAGAACGCGAGCAAUAUCACUGCUAAGCCUCUAGACUGGGAGACCGAUGAAGUGACAGCGUCUCUGUUGGGCGCAGGCAGUUUUGAUAUUGUUAUAGCUUGUGAUUGUAUUUACAACGACGCUCUUAUUCAGCCAUUAGUGCAGACUUGCAUUGAUGCUUGUCAAUUAAAACUCCCAGACACAGCCAAGGAGAAAGAGUGCCCGACGGUCUGCAUUGUAGCUCAACAACUUCGCUCAGCAGAGGUGUUUGAGGCUUGGCUCAAGGCAUUCUACAAGGCGUUCAGAGUAUGGAGGCUGCCUGAUGAGGAAUUGAUUGAUGGGCUGAAAGCAGACUCAGGCUUUGUAGUUCAUAUGGGUAUUUUACGGUAA